AUGGCGUCGGAGGCUCCGCCGGCCAGCAACGUGACACACGAGGACGAAUUCUCGCCGCCGGGACUCGAUCACGACGCGCUGCACUACUCGAAGGUCCAUCAGGACGCCGUGAUAAACGAUUCGGAGGUUCCGAAUCCGCUGGCGGAGGUCGUAUACAAUCCGCCCAUCGGCCUGUCUACCGACGAGGUCAACCGCCGCAUCAUCGCAAUACUCACGGUAGGUUGA